AUGUACCUCCCACGAAACCUCAUCUCACAUCUCUACAACCACCUCCUCCGAACACACCAUCAGCACUCCCCACCAGUCCUGAUCCUCGUGGCACUCGAACCAGACGCUCUAUGCGCCUGCCGCAUCCUUACCGCUCUCCUAAAACGCGACUACAUACAGCACAAGAUUCAGCCCAUAUCCGGUUAUGGCGACCUCACGCGUGCGGGCGAGGAACUCAUACAACCUAUGCGAACGACAGACGGCGGAAGCGGAGGGGUGGUUGUAUGCCUAGGCGUCGGAGGCCUUGUGGACCUCGAGGCUAUGCUCGGACUCGAAAUUGACGAAAAUGGCGAGGGCGGAAUGGGUGGUGUUGAUAUAUGGAUCGUGGACGCGCGAAGGCCGUGGAAUCUGGCCAACGUGUUUGGAGAACAAAGUCUACCCCAGGCAGACCCUACGCAGUCUGAUCUCGUUGCACGAAAGACCUCUGGUGUAGAAAGAGGCAAGAUUUCGCAAGCGUAUAGGCCUGGAAAGGGCGGUAUCAUCGUCUUUGACGACGGUGAUGUUGAGGAAGAGUUGGGUGGAGAAAGAGAGGCAUGGUGGGCGCUUGCACAGAUGCCGGAGGUUGACGAAGAUGAUGGCGAGUCUGAUGGCUCCGACUCUGAGCAGGAUGACGGCCAGGAAGACGAAGACGCGCCAACAUCUGGACAGCCGACCAAGAAGCGUAAAUCACCGUCAGAUCCAGACGAUGAGACCCAGAGUGAGGAUGAGAAUGAGAGACCGAGGCAAAGAUGGAGAGGCAAUUCGUCCACUCCCAUAUCAUCACCAUCUCGACCGCCACGUCGCGGACUUUUGUCAACCUCACUCGAUCCAUUACAUUCUUCCGACCUCUCUCGAUCCGGAUCACCCGCCAGUCGCUCCGCUUCUCCCUCAUUGCCCACUACUGCAAAGCAACCAUCUGCACGCAAUCUCCGCCGCCGGCUUCUUCGUCUUCGCCGGAAACAUGACGCUGUUCUCCAGUCUUACUACGAGCUCGGCCACUCCUACUCCGAGCCCAUCUCCUCACUCAUGUACUCGCUCGCAUCCGAGCUCGGUCGAGAAGAUAAUGAUCUCCUCUGGCACGCCAUCGUCGGGGUAGGCAGCCUCGAGCUCUACGGCCGCACAAUGCGAGGCGUCGGCCUCAGCCCUCUAUCAGCAGCUGGCGGCUCCUCCGGCUGGAAUGGUGACCGCGGCGAGCGAAUACGCGCCAUUCUUCGCGACGAAGUCCGGCGUCUCAAUCCCACCGAUCUUAAGGAUAUUGCGCGCGAAGCCAUGCAGGGUGAAGCAGGCGGUGUGAUACCCACGCAUGCACGCUCGCCCACUGACAUGUCCAUCCGCCUCUCUCCCGAACCUCGCUUUUUACUCGUCCGCCACUGGAGUUUGUAUGACAGCAUGCUGCACUCACCCUACCUAUCCGCGAAACUGCACAUCUGGAGCGACAACGGCCGCCGCCGCCUGCACAAACUCCUCGCCAAGAUGGGCGUGAGCCUCAGCCAGUGCAAACAGAGCUACACACAUAUGGACAUGGAUCUCAAGCGUGGGCUACGUGAGAGACUUCUCAAAUUCGCUCCGGUUUAUGGCCUCGAUGGCCUGGUACCGCCGCCAGCAACUCGCAGCGGCGGGAAGGAGGGCUGGGGCUUCGUGCGUUGCUGGGGCUGGAAAGCGUGUCUCUCUGCGCUGGAUGUUGGCGUCGUCCUCGGCGCUAUCCUCGAAGUCGGCAGCAAGCACGACACAAAGACAAACGCCGUUGUCGACCGCCGCACCGGAACCAUCACACCAGCCGGCAGCGACGGGCCCGAAGAAGAAGAGUCAGGCCACGAGGAGAUGGUGCAGCGGUUUUGGACGGCGUACGACGCGCUGGCUUCGAUCGACCGGCUUACGGCGCAUAUACCCACCGCGCAGAGUUUGCAUCGCGCGAUCCUAAGGACGGGGACCAGUCUUAUUGAGAAGAAGCAGAUUCGACAUCUGCGCGCGUUCCGCAUCGCGGUUGUUAAGGAGGGCCCGGAUGUGCAGCUGUUCACGCAUGCGGGGGCGCUCGUGAAGCUGGCAUUAUGGAUCGGGGAAGCGAUCGGGGAGAUGGAGGGCGUGAGAGGCAGGAGGAGAGGCGGAGAGCUCGUGCUCGCCGGCCUGGACGAAGCGAGAGGAUGUUAUGUCGUUGUGGGGCUGGGAGGUGGAGGGGGCAUGGUGAAUAAUGAGCGCGAGAAAAGGCGCGCAGAGCGGAAGAAGGAGAAGGAGAAGAGGAAGGAGGAGAAGCGGAAGCAACGAGAGGAGCGGAGGAGACUGCAGAGGGAGCGGCAGGCGGCUAAUGGGGAGCUUGAUGAUGAGGAUGAGGAGGAGGAUGAGACGGAGGAGGAGAGUAGUGAUAGCGACGAGAGUGAGGACGAGGCGGAAGAGAAGAAGGAGAGAGGGUAUGGGAGGAACAAGUUUGGUCUUGCGUUUCACGAGGUCAUUGAGGAGACGGGUGCAAAGGUCAAGGUUGAUAGCUUUGAGCACUGUGUCGUUGAGGUUGGCAAGGAGGACCUCACAAGCUUUCUAGAGGCCUUGAGCCUGAAGGCUGUUGUAGGGUAG